AUUCUGCAUCAGAAAUCAUCAGGAGAGAGAAAGAAAUAGAACAGAAGAGAGUUUUCUUUCUGAAGCUUAAAGAAAUAACCAUCCUUUGCUUCUCAAGUACUCUUCAGAAUUUUCAGAAACAACGGAAUGGCAUACAAGGUAUCUGAUGAGAUGUUAGGAACCUUUGUACCUGUUCUAGUUUACUGGGUGUACUCUGGCCUUUACAUGCUGCUGGGUUGCUUCGACAAGUACCGGCUGCACUCCAGGAAGGAGGAAGAAACCAAGAAUUUGCCCUCGAAAGGAACUGUUGUCAGAGGUGUUCUCGUUCAACAGGCAUUUCAGAUUGCUGUAGCUAUCAUCCUAUUCACGGUGAUAAGCAAAGAUGAAAGGACUGGUACAAACUUGCAACCUUCCUUCUUCGUGGUGGCGAGACAAUUUGUGGUCGCAAUGCUUGUCUUAGACACAUGGCAGUACUUUGUCCAUAGAUACAUGCAUGUUAACAAGUGCUUGUAUCGCCACAUCCACUAUAAGCAUCACAGCCUUGUUGUGCCUUACGCAUAUGGAGCUCUAUACAACCACCCACUUGAAGGGCUGCUUCUCGACACAGUUGGCGGUGCCAUGUCUUUCCUCAUCUCUGGCAUGACCCCUCGUACUGCCAUCUUCUUCUUCUCCUUUGCAACCAUUAAAACAGUUGAUGAUCAUUGUGGGCUGUGGCUUCCUGGGAAUCCCCUCCAUGUUUUCUUUAGCAACAACAGUGCUUACCAUGAUGUUCACCAUCAGCUCUAUGGUGGAAAAUACAACUUCUCACAGCCAUUCUUUGUUAUGUGGGACAAAAUCCUUGGAACAUACAUGCCUUAUUCCCUGGUAAAAAGAAAGGAUGGAGGCCUGGAAGCAAAGCCAGUCAAAGAUUAGGAGUCAAAUGAUAAAGAAAGCUUUCUUUGUGAGUACCAGCCAGAGUCAUAAAGUUGUUUGUAGCAUUAUCUUCCAGUCACUUCGGAGAUAUGUUUGUGGACUCUCCAAUUAUGUACACAAUAAUGAUACUGCUUCUUUGUAUCAGCUCUAUGAUGUCCGCUCAAAGCAUGAAUGUUAUAACUAUCAGUCCUUAGAAACAGAAAAGGCUAUGUGAUGUAGCUUUCUGAA